AUGGUCUACACUGCAUGGACUCUCCUCAGCCUCGCGGCUCUCAGCCAUGCUGCAGAGAAGCGAGCCGGCUCAGCAUCAGCAUACAGCUCCAACUCUGCCGGGAACUACAAACUUUCUCCCAUCGCAGCUCCCGUCCAGGGUAGCGGCAGCCCAGGAUCAGAGUCAACUUGGAAACUCAGCAUUGACGAUACAAGCUCCGGUCAUAAGCAGACCAUUGUCGGCUUUGGCGCGGCAGUCACCGAUGCGACGGUGACUUCUUUCAACACACUCUCCAGUUCCAAUCUCCAGUCCCUUCUGAACAGUCUCAUGACUAGCUCUGGUGCUGAUUUCAGUCUGAUGCGUCAUACCAUCGGGGCCUCGGAUUUAUCUGGAGAUCCUGCAUACACAUAUGAUGAUAAUGGAGGCUCUGCGGACCCGUCUAUGUCUGGCUUCAAUCUUGGAGAUCGGGGGACCGCGAUGGCAAAGAUGCUGGCCACGAUGAAGUCGCUGCAGUCCAAGCUGAAGAUCUUUGGAUCUCCCUGGAGCGCUCCAGGCUGGAUGAAGCUGAACGGCGUCAUUGAUGGGACUACUACCAACAACAAUCUGAACGAUGGGUACUUGAGCGGUGGCACCGGGAGCUCAGGAUAUGCCAGUGCAUUCGCGAACUACUUUGUGAAAUACAUCCAGGCUUACGCAAAUCUCGGUGCCCAUAUCGACGCAAUCACUAUUCAGAACGAGCCUCUAAAUAGCCAAGGAGGUUACCCAACCAUGUAUGUCUUUGCAGACGAAUCUGCGCAGCUCAUCCAAAACUACAUCGGUCCUGCUAUUGCAAACGCCGGUCUGAACACGGAUAUCUGGGCCUACGACCAUAACACCGACGUCCCUUCCUACCCGCAAACCGUCAUCAACACCGCCGGAAAAUACGUCGACUCCGUCGCAUGGCACUGCUACGCCUCGAAUGUCGACUGGACCGUCCUAACCGACUUCCACAACACAAACCCCUCCGUGAAACAAUACAUGACCGAAUGCUGGACACCCGCCGGAACCUGGAACCAAGCCGCCGACUUCACAAUGGGACCCCUCCAGAACUGGGCCUCCGGAGUGACAGCCUGGACCCUUGGAACCGACAGUUCCGACGGUCCGCAUCUUUCCAGCGGUGGUUGCGCUACGUGCCAAGGUUUGGUCACGAUCAGCGGUGGCAGUUACAAGUUCAAUCCGGCGUACUACAUGAUUGCGCAGUUUAGCAAGUUUAUGCCGCCUCGUGCCAUUGUGUUGAGUGGGAGUGGUAGUUAUACUUACUCUAAUGGUGGUGGUGUGCAGUCUGUUGCGUCGCUGAAUCCUGAUGGGACCCGGUCCGUGGUUAUUGAGAAUACUUUUAGUAACGAUGUUUAUGUGACGGUGUCGACGCAGAGUGGGCAGGAGUGGAGCGGGAAUAUUCCUAGUGAGUCUGUUACUACUUGGGUGCUUCCUGCGGUGUGA